AUGUUAUCAAGAUCUACAACUGCUACUUUUAGAAGACUUCCGCUUGCCAUUAAGACUACUCAAGUAGGAUCAUUGUCUCAAACUGCUUUCGUUAGAAACAAAGUCACAUUACCUGAUUUAGACUGGGAUUUUGGUGCCCUUGAGCCUCAUAUCAGUGGCCAAAUCAAUGAAUUACAUUAUUCCAAGCAUCAUCAAACGUAUGUGAAUGGAUUCAAUACCGCAGUUGAGCAAUUACAGGAUCUCAGUGCGCAAUUAGCCAAGGAGCCAACUCCAGCUAUAUCUAGGCAAAUCUUACAAGUGGAACAGAACUUGAAGUUUCAUGGUGGUGGGUAUACUAAUCAUUGUAUCUUCUGGAAGAAUUUAGUUCCGGAAAAGGAUGGUGGUAGUCAAUUGCCAAAGGAAUCAGCUUUGGCUAAAGCAAUUCAAGAGCAAUAUGGAUCUUUGGAUCCAUUGAUUGCUAGUACCAAUGCAGCCUUAGCUGGUGUUCAAGGUUCUGGAUGGGCAUGGAUUGUUAAGAAUUUGGACAAUGGCGGGAAAUUGGAAGUUGUCUCGACAAUGAACCAAGAUACCGUUACAGGUAAGAAGAUCCCAUUAGUUGCCAUUGAUGCUUGGGAACAUGCGUACUACUUACAAUAUCAAAACAAGAAAGUUGAUUACUUCAAGGCUAUUUGGAAUGUUAUCAACUGGAAAGAGGCUGCUAGAAGAUAUGAAUCUGAAGGUAUUUAA